ACUUAAAUUUAAACUCUGCUAACUCUUUGGUUUUCCUGGCUGAUUCAGGCAACCCAUUCCAUUCUCUAAUCAAUGGCACUAUUAUAGUCACUAGGCGAAACCUCUGCAAGAUGACGGGGAUGGCAGUGAACAGAUCUGAAGCCAGGGUUUUAUGGCUCAAUAAUAAAAGCUAAAAUGUAACUCUUUGAGCUAUUCCAACUUACCUACAUAACAAUAAGCUGUCAAAUAGUGUACAGGAGACUAACUUUGAUAAUAAAGACCUCUGCUUUAACUUAGGUCAAUCCUUAGCCAAGAUAAAUCAGCAAUAUGCUCCUGCAAAAGGAUAAUACAUUUUUUCAAAAGAAAUAGAAACUAAUAAAGACUGUUGUCAGGAUGGUGCCAAGUUUGAACAAUGACCACCAUCAUCUUCCCUGUCCUCCAGUUGUGGUCUUAAACUUUAUAUCUAAGAAAAACAAACAGAACCAGACUUUUUUAAUGCUAAAUAACUACCAGGCCUGUACAAUUCAGUAGACAAUUGUCUACUGAAUAUUUUAGGGACUUGAUGGUAAUGUUUUGAAUCAUUCAGUGUGGAAUCAAAUGUAUCACUGAUAUUCAAACUAUGAUCCAUAGGCCAUAUCCAGCGAGUGACAGGUCUUAACUGGUCACUUGAAAUUCUCGCUAUGCAGAAUGAAGCAGAAAAGACUUAAUUCAUUGAACACCACAAUUUUGUGUGACCUGUGACACACAUAUUGCACACUUGUGGCCCCUAGAGCAAACAAGAUUCAGCACCAUUGUAAUACAUACAGUUUGCAAGCCAACAUAAUUUUUUAUUUGGAUCUGAGAACAUUUAUAAGUAUCUAACACUAUUCAACACUUUCUGACAGCCGAAACAUUGCAAAAUACAUGGUUAAAAUGUUAAAAUAAAAAAUUGUGCUGUCUCGUGUAUUUCAAUGAAGUGUGAUUUAUCAGUAUAUUGUAACAAGUACUGCGUCUCUGUGUAACUGGUUUCUAAAACUAACAUAAACUAUUUUGCUAAAAAAAAUAUUUAAAUGUACUUUUUUCCUUUAAGAUAGGACUUUUUUUUUUCCUUUUAGUACAAUACUUAUAAUAGCAUCAAAUGCAGGAAAAAUGCAGGUAGCUGAUUUGUAUGCUGACUUUAUCGAUCUCACCAGUGAGAUAUAGUGAGUCACGAUGGCUGGUGGUGAAUUCUAUCUCAGCUUGGAUGCCCUUCAAGAUUCAUUGCUAUUCUGAAGCUACUGCAUGUGGGUCGAAAGUUUUUCAGAUUUCCCUUAGCGGAAAUGCCAAAAGUAAGCUAUCUCUCCACUGUUCACUGGACCUGACAGAGAAUCUGGUAUUGAAAUCACUGAAUCCAAAUCUAGUUGCAGCCAAAGUGAAAAAUGUUAUGAAUCAAGAAAGACCUUCGUUAAGACCAAGGAAGUGAUUACAGUUAACACAAGUCUGGACCUGGACACAUUCUCAAAGCUCUUACCUUUCUUGCGAUGUUACUUUGUGAAUUUUCCGGUGAAUGAAGAAAACAAACUAAAUGUGGAGGACCAAGCCUCAAAAACUACUAGACUUAUCAAGACUACAAAUCCAAUUUAUUCAACUAAUGCUGAUGCCUCAAACACAACCAGACUUAACGAGACCACUGACCCAACCUAUUCAACUAAUGCUGAUGGCUCAAUGGAAAAAAAAAAAACUAAUGGUCAUUUCAAUUUGCUCAACUUUCUUGAUUGCUGUCGCAUUGGUUUGUACUGGCAUUUUAAUUUACAUUUGGAAAAGAGUAUUCAAUGUCGGUUCAGGCUCCUCAACAGCUGUUCAAUUUAGUAUUCAAAGCAAUGCUGUGGUCUGCACCUCCAAUGCUGCUGAAGAAAUAGAGAUUGCAAACAGUACAGAAGAAAACCAUGUUUAUGACUCAGUAAUAUAUACAGGAUAUCAGACCCCCAAGACUUCAGAGGGCCUAACUGUAACUAUUAAUAGAACCUCCACCCGUAUUGCUGACCAAACUGAAACAGAUCCAGUUUAUAUUAAUAUGGCUUGCCAAACUAUCCAGCCCAAAUCUUCAGAGUGCCUUAUUGAAAGCAUCUAUAAAAUACCUACAAACAAUGCUGUCCGAAUUUUCCAGCCCAAGACUUCAGAUAGUCAAACUGCAACUGUUAGUCAAACCUCUACCUGUGUUGCUGACCAAACUCUUAAUGAUUGCAAAUGCCCAACUGAAACUGAUCCAGUUUAUAUUAAUAUGGCUUGCCAAACUACUGUCAAUGAAAGGAAUAAAUGAAAAAAUUUGAGCAGCCUCAAAUAUACUGAAAUUUUAUUCUACAAAAAUGUAACUUCCUUCAGAAUGAAAAAAAAACAAGUUUUGGGCAAUUAUAUGGAAAAAAAAACAAGUUUGGGACAAUUUGAAAAAUGUCUGAUUCAGGUCUUUUUGAAUGAUUGUUGUGUUUUUUUAAUAUUAAAAUAAUUUUUUUUUGUGUUUUAGAUCUAUAUGUUAUCACUGUAAAAUUGAGUUGUUUAAUUUCAUAUGCAUAAGUCUUGUUAAGUUGUUCAGUAUUUCAUAAAGAUAUUUCCUUUUGAUACCAUCAUAAGCGAUUUAAGUUGUACUAGUACAUUGUUUUCUUGACAUUUUUUUUAGUUUGUAUUUAUGUUAUGAGUGCUGCUUUCAAUCUGUUAGUAUUACUUCUUCCAAAAUUCUUGAUAUUGGUUAGUCUUAUUGUGAAUUCAGGUUUUUUCCUCCAUUUUUAUUAGCUCUGUUGUAAUUUUGGUCCUCUCCUGGUGCUUCUAAUUUUUUUAUUUCUGAUGUUUAAAUUAGAGUUGGUGAGUUUAUAGUGUUGGUAGGUUUAUAGUGUUGAUGGCUGUUCAUAUUUUCCUUUGUCUCCAUCUUGUUUUAUUUAGGAACUCCUCAAAGUAUUCAGCCCAUUUGUCAAUGACCCUUCUGUUUUUUUUGUGACGAGGACACCAUUAUUGUUCUCAUACAUGUGUGAUCUUGCUUGAAAUCCAUUCUUGUCAUCCCUUAUUUUCAUGCCCAUUCCUCUCGCAUCAAGGUUCUCAAUGAGUGCUCUUUGUUUUUUUUUUAUUGCCUCAUUUUUAUGCUUUUUGACAGAUUUUGUAACCCUUGGCCUUGCUUCUUUGUACUGCUUUCUGGUUUCUUUCUUUAGCAUUAUUUGUCUGUUCAAUAUGCCUGCAUUCUAUAUGUCAGACUCUCCUUUUCUUUUGCUCAAAUCCAACCAUGUCAUCUGCUUUACUUUUAAUAGCAUGUUAUUGUUUUUUUAUUGCUCAUUUGUUAUAAUUAGGAUUACCCACAGGCUAUGUCUGUUGUUGUGCUUCAACAAUUUAUCUUUUGGUCUGUGAAUUCUAGUAUAUGCUUCAUUUAAUUGGAGUGGCCAGCUUUAAAUUCCUUCCCAUACACACUUCUGGCCUGUGAACUGUUCUCAC